AUGGCUCCUUACAUUUUUAUUCUCUGUGCUCAAGCCCUCAAUUCCAUCCUUGUAAAUGCUGAAAGUCUUGGUGAUAUUCAUGGUAUUCGGGUUAAAUGCCGUGCUUCGCCUCUCAUGCAUCUUCUAUAUGCAGAUGAUUGCCUUUUGUUCUCCAAGGUUGACAUUGUCGAGCUUUCAAACCUUAAGCAGUGUUUGGAUCUCUAUUACAAGGCAAGUGGGCAAGCCAUCAACCUCUCAAAGUCUUCCAUCACUUUCAGCCCAAAUAUACAUCCUCACAUCCAUAGAUAUCAUCGACCUGGUAUUGGCUUUGCUGCUCGCAACUCUUUGGGGGAUUUUCUGGUUGCUUUUGCUGAACAAAUUGCUUUUACAUCUCCUUUGAUCACUGAAUCCAUUGCCCUUCGUUUGACUGUGCGUAGGGCUACCGCGGAAGGCUGGUCCUCUGUUAUCUUUGAGAGCGAUUCCCAGUAG